AUGGCCUCGACUUCGACUCCAUUUCGAUCUGGCGCUGGCGAUCCACUCAUUGCACGAGCACAAUCAAUUCCCAGAGACGAAGAAAUUCGAGAUUUGAACGAUGACAUGAUUGCCGCCUCAAACACCUUCUUCAGCCCCGACGAUCUCCAACAGCACAUGAGCGCCAUUGACACCGACCAUAUGAAAAACUUCUGGGACGCGCAGGGACUUGUCGCGACCGGACCCUUCCUCGACUCGCCCAACGGCUCCCUUUUUGACGAGGAGUACGAUUCCGGCUCUGCGUCUCCCCGGGCACCCGGUAAAGCAGUAGAUACGUCCAACUUCGAAUUGAGGACGAAUGCUCAUCUUGAUUUGAUGGCCGCCCUUCGCAAGACCGAGAUUUCUCCAUUUGCUCUCGCUGGACAGUCGUCGACCUUUCUUGGAGCCCCUGAAAACACUGGCGCAUCGGAGCUAUUUGAUUUUGGCGGACGCAACGAAGCCGUGACGGACCGGCCGUUCGUUUUCGGUGCUGUCCCGGACGGCUCUGCUGCAGCAGCAUUCGCCACCCCGACCAACAGCCCGAUGAAUGUGGAAUCGCCGAGGUCAGAGAAAUCAGGCCAGCAGCAAGAGAGUUCGCAGCCCACAAUGGCCAUUCCGAGAGGACAAAAGAGAGCGGCGGGCCCAGAGUUAUCACCACACAGCGUCAUGUCCUCCAGACCUUCAUCCGAAGCAGACCAAGAUUGGCCAUUUUUCAUGCCUGACUUUUCGCAGACCGGACAGCCGCCUGCCCAAGAGCAAAUGCACCAAGCCUUGCAACAAGAGUACAUGCAACAAAUGCCAGUUUCCGACAACCCCGUGUUUACCUACACGGGUGAGUAUGGGCUGCACAUCCAGGAAUCUACGCUCAAAUCCCGCGUAGAGACGCAGAUGGCGGUAACCAUGACACUGUCUCAUCUACCUUUUGGCAUCACCAAACUACAUUUGCCUCCCCACACGAUUUCCAAACCUAAACUCAGGGCCAAACCCCUUCCGCAGCCGUCCCCCGAUACGCUGGAGCUGUAUGUCAGCUUGGUUUGCACGACCCCCAUGGAUCAGCCUGAGUUGAGAAAGAAGGCGCUGGAGAGAGCUGCCACGGUUCCUCACGACUAUCUUCCUUCUCAAGAAGAGGCUGAGCACGAGACACAAAAUGGCUGCCAAAUUCGCAUCUGCAAGAAAUGUAUCGAAAGAGAGCGCAAGCGAGCUGGAAGAAAGAAGAACCACACCAAGUCUGACGAAGAGAAAUCCUGGUAUAUGGAUGAAUCGCGCCGCAUCAUUAUAUUCAACACCAAAGAGAUGAAAGAUUGGCGACCCCCCAGCAACGAGAAGGAGAAGGACUCGGAAGGACCAUCGCAAGCAGAGUUGUUCCGACAGUGUCCCACCGCCAUGCAAGUUGUGGUUCCUAUGCGACUCGCAUGCUACUGCCGUCACCAGAAGGAGAAGACGGGCUUCAACGUCAUCUUCACAUUCAAGGACUGGGAAGGCAAGGUCGUUGCACAGGCCAUGUCCGGCUCGAUUAUGAUCACGGACGACCACAAGACGGUGGUCACCUCACCCACGGACGAUGCUCCUGAGCUUGAGCCCCAAGGCCCGGCCAAGAAGAGGAAAGCGAGCACCCCAACCCCUACCAGAGUUCCCCAGGCCUUGACCAUGACGCCCUUGGAUACUUCACCAAACAUGGCUUCCCAAGGCGCUUCCACGCAGGUUACCUCCGCGGUCACCUCGCCCUUCGCUCCUAACCUUCAUUCUUUCCAACAGCCAGAAGCCGUGCUUGGUGCGGUUACCCCCCAGUUAUCGGCUUCCAAUGGGUCCCCCGUAAUGAACUCCAUAACCAACGACCCGUGGUUUGCCCAGCGACGUUCCCAGAGCAUGGACAACUUGUCCAUGGAUAGCUUUGUCACAAACAACUCGGUCAUGACUGGGCUCUAUCCCACGCCAGUAUCAUCCAGCUCUACACGCCCUCCUAGCCCGAGCAGUAUGCGGAGUGCAGUCAACCUGGUGCCACAUAACCCGGUUACCCAAGCCUCGGACGCUGAUCUUUAUUCUCUGGGUGUUGCCGCUAGUAACCCGCCAAGAGCGCAGUCCACUGUCCACAAAAUCAUUCCUGCCGAGGGCUCGCUCAAUGGCGGCAUGGAAGUGACCGUGCUUGGUGCUGGCUUCUACCAGGGACUGGAGAUUUGGUUUGGCGACCACAAGGCCACUACAACUACCUUUUGGAGCGAGGCAUCACUUGUAUGCCUGCUGCCUCCUUCUACGGUUGCUGGCCCAGUUCCUGUAACCUUUGGGCCGCAAAGGGCCGCGGCACCGCUGGGCAUGCAGCCUCCGGUGUUUACAUACAUCGACGACAAUGAAAACCAACUCAUGCGCGCAGCCAUGUCGUUCUUUGGCCGCAGAUUCAUUCCUCCCAUGAACAUGAAUCUCAACCUGCCCAUCUACAACGCUUAUAUUCCAAACCCGCCCAUCUUGCGAAAGGUACAGGAUCUGAUGGCUGCCAUGCCCGCCAUGCCCACCAUGCCCGGUGGCCGCCCAGAUAAUGCAAGCGACGAUGGCACAAAGGCGGACGGGCGCUGGUGGGAUCUCUCGUCGUACAUGAAUACUGCGGCAGCUCCUCCCGCUUAUUCUGACAUCUACCCAGGAAAGGAUGCGGACGCGAAGGAUAUGGAUUCCAAGGCUGUUCUAUCCGUGGCCCGAGCUGCCGCUGAUGCCGAGGCGGAUUUGAAACGCUCCAUCCGCCAUGACGAGUCAGAGUCCUCGGCUGCUGCGGCCGUGUUCCAAUACGAGGACGAGGCGGAGUCAUCAGCUUCUGCAGCCAUGUUCCAACAUGAUGAGUUUGAAGAUGAUGAGGAGGAGGUGGAGUUGGUGAUGAGAGGCAAGGCUCCGGCUGUCGAGCCCCCUGCAAUCCUCGAGAUUGGACGCAAACAUGCCAUCACCAAGGAACAGCAAGAGAACUUCUUGCGAGCCCGGGAACAGAAGUUGAAGAAGAUUAGCAAUGAUCGAAACCUCUUCUUCAUUUGGAUCCCUCUUCUCUUGGUGAUGAUUUGCGCGCUGCUUUACAGCUACUUCCCCGAGCUUUUCCCUUUCAUCUGGGCUUCUAUCAGAGCCAUCGUCCACACCCUGUUUUCUUCACAUUCUUGA